AUGUCUCAGAAAAGAACAAGCAAUGUAGAAUGGAAUCAACGAACCAUAGAGAAGGAACACGCCGAGAAAGAACAAAAGAGCCGCGGAGGUGUGUUCGCACCAGAACAGAAAACCCAAAGCACAACACAUUCCAAAACCGAACAAGUAUUCUGGACCAACUGUUUGUGCCAGGCAGGCGAUGGGUGCAACAACGGGAAAGUGGAGCCCUCCUACGUUUGCGAGUACCAGGGCCGGUUGGGCAUCGAGACCGGCUGCGUGGGGGUGGUCGCAGCUGAUACGAAUCUCGCGAUCACCUUUACUGCGGACAGCUGCAAAGUUGUAUGCGGCGAUGGCAUUCGCCACAUCGUGGCUGGUGAGGAAUGCGACGAUGGAAACUUGAUCGAUGGAGACGGUUGCUCAAGGGACUGCCGCAUCGAAGAUGGCUUCACGUGUCCGACGCGAGGGUGGCCGUCAGUGCUGCUGACGCCGUGCGUGCCCAUCUGCGGAGAUGGUUUGCGGGUCGCUGGUGAGGAGUGUGACGACAACAACACUCAGAGUGGUGAUGGCUGCAGCCCAACAUGUCAGGUGGAGAUUGGCUGGUUCUGCAAGCGAGCUGGCGCCGGUCUGGGCUAUGAGGUAUGUCUGCAGACCUGCCUGAACGGCGCCAUUGACCCUGGAGAAGACUGUGAUGAUGCCAACACGUUCAAGAACGACGGGUGUGCCAACUGCAUCAUCGAACCUGGAUGGAGCUGUGAGCCGAUCGCGCACCGCUUCACGAGCACGUCCUCGGGCAGCUAUUGUGUACCCAUCUGCGGCGACGGCUUCCGCAUCGCGCUGGGGCCAUGGGCAGAGGCUUGCGACGAUGGCAACAUCUUGGCGGGUGACGGCUGUGACCCCAGCUGCAAAGUCGAACUGGGCUGGCGCACGAAAGCACAGGCCACUUCUACCGAGCUUCUGCUGGAGUCGAUCUGUGGCGAUGGACUUGUGGUGGGCAGUGAGGGCUGCGACGAUGGCAAUUUGGAUGCCGGCGAUGGCUGCAGCAGCUCGUGCCAGGUGGAGCGCGGCUUCGCCUGUACCCCCGAAGACGCCAUGACGAAGCCUGAGGCAGCUGCUGGGCCGCCGUUCGCCGCUCGCAACAGGAGCGUCUGCGUGCCAGUGUGCGGCGAUGGUCUGGUCUUGGUCGGUAGUGGCGAGGACGAGAACUGUCGAGUGGAAGGUGGAUACGGGUGCGGAAUCCAGACUGGAGGUACUCGAUCAGUUUGCACGCCAAUUUGUGGUGAUGGCUUGUUGCGGGCACCAGAAGAGUGCGAUGAUGCAAAUGAUGGGAAGGGGGAUGGCUGCAGCGAGCUUUGUCAGCUGGAGCAGGGAUAUCGCUGUUGGCCACCGGGGGUAGCCUGCCGACAGAUCUGCGGCGAUUUCUUGCGCUUGGAGGGGGAGGAGUGCGACGAUGGCAACCUGCUCUUGGCAGAUGGCUGCGACAGCAGUUGCCACGUGGAGGUGGGGUGGACCUGUCGUUCCUACAUCCACGGGGCCACGAAUGCGACGUCAGUUUGUUCCCCGAUUUGUGGGGAUGGGCUGAUCGCCGGAGCAGAGGCAUGCGACGACGGCAAUCUCGUGCCAGGUGAUGGAUGCGACGGAAACUGCCAGGUGGAGGUCAACUGGGUUUGCUGCGAUCCAAAGCCCGGCAGCUCAGGCUCGGGUUGCGUCCCUGGCCUUGCCGUCGACCGGGAGCUGAUCUGCGGCACACCAACCUGUGGUAACGGCCGACGCGACCCUGGGGAAGGCUGCGAUGAUGCCAACCGCAUCGCAGGCGAUGGCUGCGGGCAGCUUUGCCAGGUCGAGCCUGGCUACGCUUGUAUCCCCAUGGCAGUGCAAGGACCAGGCCGCAACGUGCCAGACAUCUGUGAGGCCGUGUGCGGGGACGGCCUUUUGGUCCUGGGUGAGGAGUGCGACGAUGGCAACGUGGCAACUGGAGAUGGCUGUGGCCCCAACUGCCUGCUGGAGCAGCAGGGUACCUCUUGCCCACCUACCUCCGACGGCAAUGGGGGAGUUUGCCGCGCGACCUGCGGAGACGGAGUGCGGGGUCCUGUGGAGGAAUGCGAUGAUGGAAACGCCUUCGGCGGUGACGGUUGCUCUGCCACCUGCCAGGUGGAGAGGGGAUUCACGUGCUCCGGUGGCGGCUUGAAGAGCAUGGACACCUGCUGGCCUAUUUGUGGGGAUGGUCUGCGUGUGGACCGCGGCUUUGCGCCAACUCUGGCAGCUGAGAAGCUGGAGGGCUGCGACACGGGCCCUGUACCAUCCAGGGGCUGCGAUGCUGCUACUUGUCAAGUCCGGGUAGGCUGGACAUGUGCUCGGCCAGAAGGCCAGGGCAUGGAGGUCUGCUCGCCCGUGUGUGGUGAUGGCAUCCUGGUCACGCCGAUUGAAGAGUGUGACGAUAUGAACUUGCAGCCGGGUGAUGGAUGCAGCCCAGACUGCAAGGUGGAGGCCUUCUUCGAGUGCAGCUACGAUGACUUCUGGCUUCGCUCCGUGUGCAGCGUGCGCUGUGGAGAUGGGCGCAAGCAUCCUUCAGAAGCCUGCGACGAUGGGAACGCCUGGGACGAGGAUGGUUGCUCGUCCUCGUGUCAGCCAGAGCUCGGCUUCGAGUGCGUUGGUGGUGGCCUCUCCAUGCCGUCUCUGUGCAGCCCGAUUUGUGGUGAUGGCUACGAGGUCUUUGGCGAGGGCUGUGAUGAUGGCAACCAGAACCCUUGGGACGGUUGCGAUCAGUUCUGCCAGGUCGAGGAUGGCUACCACUGCACCCGCGCACCCAAGCCGGGCCAAGCAGGUGCCUCCUCCGCGUGUUUGCCCACCUGUGGCGAUGGUUUGCUGAACGGCGCAGAGGAGUGUGACGAGAGCUACACCCCGCCUCCAGGCAACACCACCGAGCCACAGUCUGUGCCUUGCUCGAAAUGCCGGCUCAUGCCUGAGGAUGUUUGUGGCGACUUCCGCCGCGGACCAGCUGAGCAGUGCGACGACGGCAACAACGUGAGCGGAGACGGCUGCAGCGAAUCCUGUGUUGUGGAGACAGGUUGGAGCUGUUCACAAGGUCCCAGCCACCUGCCACCCGGAGUGGCUCCAGGUGAUGCUUGCAGAGCCAUCUGCGGUGAUGGUAUCGUAGUGUCUACUGAGGCCUGUGAUGACGGAAACCUUCGGGGGGACGAUGGCUGCACUGGGGACUGUCGCGUCGAGUCGUUCUUCGAGUGCUUUCUGCCAGGUGCAGCUGAGCUGCUGGAGGUGCCCGCAUCAGUGCUCCCCACCCGCGGGCCCAGCGCCUCCGUUUGUGUCAGCACAAAGCCGCCCAGACUGGUGGGGGCACACUUUGACGAAGCCUUCGUGUCGCUGGAGCUCAACUUCGACAGCAACGUCGCUCCGCUGCUUGGCGAGGAGCAUGCUGGCGGUGUGGCUACAGCUGUUCCAGCUUUUCCAUGCGAGGUCCUGCUGGAUCCCCUGACCAUGGUGCUUCUUGGGCAGGAGCCCAGCUGCUGGUGGAAGUCCCGGCAAUCUGCGGCUGUGGCCAUGGGCGGCAGCCUAGGCAUCCUUCCCGGCAGUGCAGUGUUACUCAAGGCGGGUGUGCUACGGCGCUACACCUUCGCAAAGGAAGUCGCGCCAGCGCAGGAGGUGAAGGCAGACGUGCCUGGAGGAUUCAUCGCUCCAGUCCUGUGGCCAAGGCCGACCAUCACUGGACCACAGAUGGCUCCGGCAUGUGCUGACGUCACAGUCCUUAGCUCCGAGUACAGCCAGGGCUUUGCCGGGCGCAUGGCCAUGCCUCCCCGCUGGGCUGUGGUAGCGGCCUUCAACACCUCGGCCGCUUCCUGGGACAAUGCGGAAGUCCAGCGAAUCCAAAGAGGAAUGGAGAUGCAAUUCCAGGACUCCGAGGUGUAUCUGCCUCGACAGGGGGUUCUCUUGAGUCUCCUGGACCUGGAAUACGAUCGCAGUAUCCGGGUUGGGUUUAUAUACCGCGUCUGUCUGCGGCAGCAGAACAUGUUGGACCUCGUGGGCAUCGGCUGCCAUAAUCUGGAGAUUGUUGAUCUGCCCAUCCCCAAUGUGGUGACUGCCGUGCCGCAGCAUCCGAUGACACUUGCGGAUGGGCGUUGGCUGCAGUUGGAGGUGAAAGCGGAGCUCCCGCAGGACGUGCAGGAUGUCGCCAGGUCGCCUCAUCGCGUCCCACAGGUCACUGCGCAUGUGGAGCUGAAAUCAGGUUUCCCAGAUUCUGCCAUUGGGAUCAUCAUUCUGCGCAGCAUUUGCCGGCCUGGUCUCUUUGCAGACUGGCAACAAGCUUGUGUCAGCUUCGGCCUGGCCCGAAACCUAGUUGCCCUGGGUGAUGCUUUUGACUUGGGGUCGGCGAAGUCCUCGGACUUCUGCCUGGCCCUGAGGCUGGCAAGCCUUUGUGUUUUGCCGGACUUGGGGUCGGCGAAGUCUUCGGACUUCUGCCUGGCCCCGAGGCUGGCAGACUUUGCUUGUGCUUUGCGGGACUUGGUCGGCGGGGUCUCCGGACCUCUGUCUGGCCCCCAGGCCCAAAAAGUCGCAGAAUUGUACUCGCCCGCGCUUGUGCCCUCCCUCGUUCUCCCGAGAGCCAGGUGUGGCGCGGUGGGCGGUGUGUGGUGGGGCGGUGGGGGCGGUGGGGGCGGUGGGGGCGGGCAUGCGCUGGCCCUCAAACGUGGCGGGGAAGGGUGGUCGGUGGGCUGGAGCCCCUUGAACUCAAAGAAGGCAGCCAGUGGCCCUGAAACGUGGCAGGGGGAGGUAGAGGUGGGGGCGGAAUGGACUUGCUGGGGCCCUGAAACGAGGUGGGGGCGGAAUGGGCUCGCUGGGGAAACGUGGCAGGGGAAGGCCCUCAAACGUGGCGGGGAAGGGUGGUCGGUGGGCGGUGUGGGCGGUGGGGGCGGUGGGGGCGAUGGGGGCGGUGGGGGCGGGCAUGCGCUGGAGCCCCUUAAAAACAUCUCAAAGAAGGUAGCCAGUGGCCCUGAAACGUGGCAGGGGGAGGUGGGGGCGGAAUGGACUUGCUGGGGCCCUGAAACGUGGCAGGGGAAGGCACUCAAACGCCUGGUGGGGGAAGGGGAACUGGGACAAGUACCGGGACCGAAGAAGGAGUGGGGAUACGUGAACUAUGAGACAAUAUCGAUUUCAUGA